CAUCAUCCUUAUCUGUGUGUGGACACUGGACGGUUAACCAACAGCUGUUAGAAAGGAGUUAUUACUAAAACUCUAACCAACCAAUUGUACAAAAAAAACUUUAAAAAAGUGAUUUAAAGCUGUGAUGAUUCGACUUUGGACACGUUUGGUGUUUGUUCUGGUAUGGCUCAGUCUUUGGGAGUCUGCUGAGACACGAAGAACCCGGUACAAACCAGCACCACCACAGAAGCCAAAACAAACCGAGAAAGAUAAAGCUAUUGAGAAACUAGCUCCAGGUCAAAACAUCAACAUUAAUCAGAUGAGUGGGAAAUGGCACCUGAUUUCUGUGGCAUCAAGGUGUAAGAGUCUCAUACAGAAGGGCUUCAAAUUGGAGAGCACUACCAUAAACUUGAAUGUCAAUGGUGACAAGGUGUCUAUAAGCACUAUAACCAAACUAAAUUAUGAGUGUUGGGAGAUCAAGCAAAACUUUAAGACCACCAAGACCCCUGGACAUCUCUUGCUCAAUGGUAGGACACCCAGUGAGAAUGUGGAUAUAUUUGUGGUUGAUACAGACUAUAGCUCCUAUGCUGUGUUGGUUUUCAAGAAAGCGGGGAAAAUUACCAUAAAACUAUACGGACGCAAGGGCAUUGUGCCUGAUAAAGUAUUGGAUGCAUUUGAGGAUCGUGCAAAGACAUUUGAUUUAGGAUUGGAUCUUGUUUUUCAGUUUCCACAUUAUGGCUUUUGCGAGUCCGUUGAUAAAGUGCUGGAAAUGCCCUAAGACUGACCUCCAUCUUAUUGCAUAAAUUCAGAUUGAAAGAUACAAGCACUCACUGCAUAUUCAAACCACAGAGAAAAUAUUUUGGUCAUGCAUGCAAAUAAUUUAAAUAAUAAAGUUGUUGUGUAAUUUCAGUUUUAAGGUUAUUCAUGAACAAUAGAAAAACAAGCUGGUAAUGGUAAUUUCACUUUCAAUGUUUUGUCAUUACAAGGAGCAAAUUACAAAGAAAAUAUAUUUUAGUAAAGUCUUACUUAAGUUAAUAUCUUUAAAUAAGAUAAAAUAUCUUUAUCUUAAGGGUUUACUUACAAAACAAGGUUACUGGUAAGAUUAUUCGGGCUUGUGACGCAACUCUUUAAACGAGACUUUGCUUGCCCACCCUUUCCAAAUUACACAACUGAAAGGAUAAACAUGUUACAUAUCCAGUAGAAGGAAAUCAUUAUGUCAUGAAAAACAUCUGUUUUAAACAGAAACGAACCUUAUGAACUAAUUUGAAAUACAAUUAAUCUGUUAGUUACUGCAGAACAUCAAAUUUGCACAUGCAAGUUUCUAUAAAAAUGUACUGUCCUUUCUGGUGUUCAAAAAUGACAAUCAUUGCUUUUCUUUCACUUAUUAUACCACACCAAAGCCUGUUGCUUAAUUCAUGUGAUUCAAUAUCCUUGUCUUUGUUUUAAAGUCAUGUUUCUGAAGGCCAAAAUAAAGCAUUAAAAUGUCCCCUAA